UAGUAUCACGUUUAAUUUAGAGAAUAAAAUAUUUAGUGAUUUUUUUUUUCUUAUGACUUUUAAAUAAAUAUCAAUAACAUGUAUAUAUAUAUUAUACUAUUUUAUUGAAUAUAUUUUGUACCAAAUAGAAACAUUUUUAUUAUUUAUAUUUAUAUUUUUAUGUGACGUGAAUGAUGUGAUCCAACCGGAAUUAUUUGUAACUCAUUUUAAUUAAAUAACACACACAUACAUGAAAAAUGUCUUUAGAUCAAACGGUGUGUGAAGAUUUAAAAGCAUUUGAAAGACGACUUACCGAAGUAAUUGCUAGUUUACAACCAGCUACUCUACGAUGGAGAAUGCUACUAGGUUUUAUUUCUGUAUGCACUGCUGUUGGUGCAUGGCAUUGGCUAACAGAUCCAAAUACACCAGCUGUAUCAUUUACACAAAGCCUAUGUAAUCAUCCAUUUUUUGCGAUUGCUAGUAUAAUUUUAGUAAUAUUAUUUAUGAUGGGAGUACAUAGACGUGUAAUAGCACCAAGUAUUAUAACUCAAAGAGCUAGAAGUGUUCUUAGUAAUUUUAAUAUGAGUUGUGAUGAUACUGGAAAACUCAUUCUUAAACCAACAAGAUCACGACAUCAUGAAAAUUAAAGAGAAAAAAGACAUAAUUUUUAUGUUAAUUGUGAAAGUGUUUAUAAAAAUCUGAAUUAUUAUGCAAGGUGAUCAUAAAAAAUAUGUAUAAAUCACAUUUUUGAUACUAGUGUAAGAUUUAAGAUAUUAUUUUGUUGUACUUAGUAUUUAAAAAAAUGAUAAUAUUAUAUUUAAUAAUUCAAAUUUAUAUUUUUUAUUCUUUAAAACUUUAAUCUCAUUAAAAAAAACAAUACAUAGUUUAUUUGUAUAAAUUUAGUCUGAAAAGUAAUAAAAUACAUAAAUUAUAAAUAUAUUAAAAAUAAUGACCAAAGUAUUAACAUUUUUCAAUAAAAUAAUUUAAAUAAUAGAUUACUAUGAUUUAUUUCAAAAUAAUAAUAAAUGUAAUAUUGUAUGUACUAAAAUGUCAUACAUUUCUAAAUAAUAUAGUUUAUUGUAUAUAUAUAUGUAUAUUAUGAUUAAAAAAUUUGUUAUUUCAACAUAUAAAACUGUAAAUAUUAAGAAUUUUCCAAUGAAAUAAACAUAACAAUAUAAUUCUCUAUAUAAAUCUUUACUCAAUAUUAAUAUGAAUUAUAAUUUUAGUUAUUACAAUAUAAUUCUUCUAAACUUAUAUACAGAUAUGAUAUUGUAAAAUUUCAAGAAAUGUUAAAUAAAGAUAAAUAUUAUUCAAAUGUAAAAUAAAUUUAUUUUAAUGUAUUUUAAAUAAAAUUUUUUAUUAAGAAUGUA